AUGAAGUUUGGACAGCACCUGAGAGAGUCCAUUCAACCAGAAUGGUCCUUCAACUAUGUCAACUAUGAUGAACUAAAAGAAGUUCUUAGGUCACGCACCGCGGCACAGAUCUGGAACGAGACCGAUGAGGGUUACUUUGUCGAACUGCUUGAACGUGAGUUGGAGAAGGUUUAUAGCUUUCAAAACGUUAAGAUUGGCGAAGUCCAUCGCAAACUCAAGUACUAUGGUAUUCAGGCACAGGACUUCAAGAAGAAUGGGGCCGAGGAAGAAACCUGGCGUGCACUCGAGAUCGAGCUCUUUCGACUUGUGGCCGAGAUUGACGUGCUAGCAAAGUACACUCGCCUCAACUACACUGGAUUCCUCAAGAUUGUGAAGAAGCACGAUAAACAAACACAAUGGAGGCUCAAGUCCAUCUUCCAUGUUCGUCUCAACGCGAAGCCAUUCCACAAGGAGAACUACGAUGCAAUCAUCGUACGUCUCUCCUCCAUCUACCACAUUGUUAUUGCUAGAGGACAAAAGAACAAAGGAGAUGAACAAUUUGCUAACUGGGGCUCAAGUGCAUUUGUACGUGACACAACCAAGUACUGGGUCCACCCCGACAACAUUACUGAGGUCAAAUUGAUUAUUAUGAAGCAUCUUCCUGUCUUGGUCUUCAACACCAAGAAAGAGUAUGAGGAGAAUGAUUCAGCCAUCUCUUCCGUCUACGUCGACAACGAAGAAUUUGAGUGCUAUCAGGGCCGUCUUGAGAAGAGCGACAUGGCGCAGGCUAUCCGUAUUCGCUGGUAUGGUCCUACGCCUACAGAAAAUGGCCAAUGUUUCUUGGAGAGAAAGGUUCACCGUGAAAAGUGGACAGGAGAGCAGAGUGUCAAGGAACGAUUCCCAAUCAAGACAAAAUACAUCAACCCGUACUUGGCAGGCGAAUAUACAAUGGAUGUCAAGUUUGCAAAGCUUCGUGCUCGUGGCCAAAAAACGGUCAAAGAUGUUGAAUUGAUGCAGAAGCUCGCCAAUGAGGUCCAAAACAGCAUUGUCACCAAAAAGAUGCGCCCCACUAUUCGUGCCUUCUACCGCCGUACCGCCUUCCAACUUCAGAACGAUGCUCGUGUGCGCAUUUCUCUUGAUACAGAGCUGGCUCUGAUCCGUGAGGAUGACUUUGGUGGUCGGAAGCGUGCUGGCGACAACUGGAAGCGUGAGGACAUUGGUAUUGACUGGCCCUUCAAGCAAUUGCCCUCCGAGGAUAUCACGCGCUUCCCUUAUGCAGUUUUGGAGGUCAAACUUCAAACACACCAUGGACAGGAGCCACCAGCUUGGAUUGUAGAACUAAUCAACUCUCACUUGGUGGAGUCUUGCCCUCGUUUCUCAAAGUAUAUCCAUGGUGUUGCCACAUUGCUUGAGGACAAAAUCCAGAUCCUGCCUUUCUGGCUGCCUCAGAUGGACCAAGAUAUUCGUAAGCCUCCCAAUACGGACUUUGGUCUGUCCUCUUUCCUCCCAAGAGCAUGGCCUGUUGGUACACCUCAGGUCGGCCUUCGGCCCGAUAUGCUGAUUCCUCCAACGAUCCCCACACGUCCAAGGAUCGCAGGAGGAGAUUCCGUAGUAGUGGUGGAGGGCUCUACUAAUAGCCUAAAGUCAUUGUCAGAAUAUGAGCCAAAGAUGCCAAAGACUAUUGAUAAGGCCACCUACCAGCAAAAGAUGCUCGAGAAGAAUGCAGCAGGGCGCAGACCAGGUACCAGCAGCGAAAUCAGCACCUACAGGCAACCAGCGCCUUCGCCGUCUAAAUCCAGCGCAGUCGUAGCUCACCCCUUGGUUGACAAUGGCCCUGUGCCUCAAAGACCUCAAUUGGCACCUCCAGCGCGACCAUGGAUUGAUGGAAUCAACAACCGCGAUUCACGGGCAUCACUUGGAUCCGAGUACUCUAUCCCACAACCCAUGACUGAGAAAGGACCCGCAGGUAAUAAUGGAGGCAAUAACAAUAACGAUGGUGGGCUGUUGCGCAAGAAAUCGACUAUUCGGCGUAAGCGUUUUGGAUUCCGAGAAAAGAGACCUGGCUCGAUCAAGCGUGUCACUGAGCCUGUUAGGAUGGAGCCUAAAGUGUUCUUUGCUAACGAACGCACGUUCCUCAACUGGCUUCAAUUUUCCGUCUUGUUGGGUUCUAUUGCCUUGACAUUGCUCAACUUUGGUAAUUCGGUAACACGAGUAUCCGGAGCAGUGUUGACAGUCAUCACACUUCUUGCUAUGAUUUAUGCUCUGGGUAUUUUCCAUGUGCGUCUGUCCAACAUUUUAUCAACAAAAGCCAACCGUCAAUUCCACGAUCGUGUUGGACCUACUAUCCUUUGCAUCUUUUUGUUCGGUGCCUACUUCCUCAACUUUUACACCAAGUUUAUUCAAGUUCAAGCUACACCUGGCAACCAAGCAUAG